ACGGGGAGCGCGGGGAUGGAGGACGGCGUGGCCGGGCCCCGGCUCGGGGCGGCAGGGGAGGCAGCCGAGGCGCGGGCGCGGCCCGGGGUGACGCUGCGGCCCUUCGCGCCCUUCUCCGGGGCGGCUGAGGCCGACGAGGGCGGCGGCGACUGGAGCUUCAUCGACUGCGAGAUGGAGGAGGUGGACCUGCAGGACCUGCCCAGCGCUACCAUCGCCUGCCACCUGGACUCGCGCGUGUUCGUGGACGGCCUGUGCCGGGCCAAAUUUGAAUCCCUCUUUAGGACAUACGACAAGGAUAUCACCUUUCAGUAUUUUAAGAGCUUCAAACGUGUCCGAAUAAACUUCAGCAACCCCUUGUCUGCAGCAGAUGCCAGACUGCAGCUGCAUAAGACUGAGUUUCUAGGGAAGGAAAUGAAGUUAUAUUUUGCUCAGACCUUACACAUAGGAAGCUCACACCUGGCUCCACCCAAUCCAGACAAGCAGUUUCUGAUUUCUCCUCCCGCCUCCCCGCCGGUUGGUUGGAAACAAGUGGAAGAUGCUACUCCAGUCAUAAAUUAUGAUCUUUUAUAUGCUAUCUCCAAGCUGGGGCCAGGAGAGAAGUACGAGUUGCAUGCGGCAACUGACACCACGCCCAGUGUGGUGGUCCACGUGUGUGAGAGCGAUCAGGAGAACGAGGAAGAGGAGGAGAUGGAAAGAAUGAGGAGGCCCAAACCAAAAAUCAUCCAGACGAGAAGGCCGGAGUACACACCUAUCCACCUCAGCUGAGCCGGCAGGCGGACGAAGAAGCAGUUUAGAAUCAUACUCACGGGGAGGAGUGUUUUACUGUGGAAGUGGCCGGUCACAGCUUUGGAGGUGGCAGCCGUGACUGCUGCUGCAGAAAUUCCAGUUCAUGUUGCUCAGAAGAGAAUCGAGGCUCUGUCCCCUUGUUCUAAUGCUGCACCUCAGUCCAUGUCUGUGGCACCCAGGAAUGUCUUGGGCCAAUCACUGAGUUCGUGGUGAUCGCACAAGGACAUCUGGGGACGUCUUGAGAAAACCGAUAACAAUAGUGUUUUGUACUUGUUCUUUUCUGAUAGGUUCUGUUUUUGCCAAGGACAGGUUGAUCUGGGGAUCCAGGGCUUGCUCUCUGUUUCUAACCAAUGCACAGGGUCACCCGCCCCAGGAAGAGGCACCAUGCAAAGCCACCGAGUGUCUAGAGCAGAAAGGUUGUGAUGACAACCACAGUGCCAUGUGGAAAUUGUAGUGCUUCAUCUCUUCCCUCAUGUCCUAACGUCUGUGCAUGUAUAUUACUGAUCUGCACGACUAACCUCUGUUCGUGUAUGAAGUUACGCUGUUGCAGUUUCUCAUCUUUUGGGAAACUAGGAAGCUUUGGAAAACAGAAUCACCUUCACAGAUGGCAGGCUCUUUGCAGCAGUGCUCGAGUGGAUUCCAUCUGGGACUCAUGCACUGGGCCUCCUACCAGUGCAACAUGUGCUUUGUGCUUCACUGAAGAAGUUGAUCUGCAAUUCCUUUGUAGAGUUUAGCUUACACAGUUCAGAGAAUAGCAGUUUCACUGCCAACUUGUAGCGGGUGAGAGAUUUUAGUUUAGAUGUUUGGGGUCAGACAUCGGUUUUCAUUGUCUCUUUUAUGUAGUGGUUUCUAUACAUGAGUCAUAGCCAGAAGCCUUUUUUGGGGAACCGUUGGUUGAAAUAGUUGGUUUUUCACCCCAUGGCAACAUCAAGGUAAACGUGUAAAUAAACCUGGUAGCAUAUAUUCAUACCUGUUAUACACUCGGGUGAAAAAAUACAGCGGUGGAAAAAUAGUGUAAGAUGUAUUAACCUACCUGUGAAUUGUAUGUUGUAGAAAAUGCUGUUCACAUGUUUAACAGACUGAAUUCAAAGCAUGUAAAAUGAGUAGUAGCUGUGGGUUGACGAGAGGGAUGCAGUGCCUUUCCCCAUUAAUUCCUGAUGGAAUUGUUACACUAGGUGAACAUUUGUAAUUUUUUCUAGUUGUAAUGUGUACGUCUGGUAAAUAGGUAUUAUAUUUUGGCCUUACGAUACCAUUACAAAGUUUGUCAUUUUGAAAUACCUAAUGCCAAGUAACAAUGCAUGCUUUGGAAAUCUGGAAGAUAGUUUUCUUUGGGAAGCAGAUAAUUUGCAUUAAAUUCUUUGAUUGUUCAUAAAAAGAAAUCAAUCGAAUGUUCUCAAAACCUGUUUACAGUACUUGGUGGGAGGGAGAGACCGUUGCCUAGCUGUUCAAGUGUUUCUAGUUAAGUGCUUUUAAACUGAAGAGGCUAACCUCAAAAUAUUUUUUUUAACUGCAUUCUAUAAUAAAUCGGCACAAUAUGCUCUUUACGGAAAA